AUGUGUGCACCAUCUCCAUGGGCAAUUCGCUACCUGCCCUACCGCUUAUACUUUGGAUACGUGCCAGGAGUGAUGAAUGGGGAAAUCGAUCUGGUCAGAAAUUCUAGCCUUCAAAAGAAUUUCAUGAAAUCUGCAUCGUGUAGGUCAGCUCUCCAAAAUUCAGAUCACAUUACUUCAUCGGAUCUUUCCUUGUUCAAUGCGGCUGUUUCUCGAAUGCAAGAUGUUCGACCUGAUCUUGACCAUCUAACUGAUAUGGGAAUUGCAAGUGGUAGUGGACCAGCUGAAAAUCUUGAAAACGCUCGGAAAGAUCGUGACUUGUCCCGUAAUCCACCGCAUAGUUCAAGCAUCUCUCUAACUCCAGUUACUUGUCAAGCUUCCACAUCGCUGAUUGAGCCUAGCGACUCACUUCCUCUUGCGACACAAAUGGUUAGCUCUGGUAAAAAUAGCUGUGAGGAAAUAAAUAAAAGAAAUAACUUUCUUUCUUUAAUGAAAUCAAACUCAGAUCAUCCAGAUAAAAUUUCAUCCGCAGCUGAUAUCGUUGAUUUCACAAAACUUGCUUGUGGUAAUCUCGAUGGUCAAAUGCAGUUUUGUGAAACAGAAUAUCGAAAUAAACUGAGUAAGACAUCCAAUGUAACUUCACUUGUUGAUCAUUUGACAGACGCAAAUUGUCUGCGUAGCAGUAAUUCAAGUACAGAUUAUCGUUUUAUGAGGGCAUCGUUAGAACCUAACACUGACUCACUUUCAAGGGUCCAUCAGAAAAAUGAUGCCAAGAAUAUUUCUACUGAACAAGAACCUCUUGAUGUCCCAGGUGAAUUCGGAGGGCCAAGUGGUUUAUGGAAUCACCAAAGUUGUAUUGGUAUAACUUCAUCUGAUCAUGGCUUCCCAUUUGUUGGAGAUACUAUGACAUCUUUGGUGUCUAACACAGAAGCAGAUCAAGAUGGCACAUUAAGUGACAGUUACGCUAACGGAAUUAAUCAGACUUCUGUCCAGAACAAUUGUUCCACCGCUGCAGCUGUUGCAUCAAAGCGUCCGAUUACAGGAGCUCAUCAAGCUACGCGUUUUCCUGCUGUGAAUAAGAAUGGUAUUUGGCCGAAUAAUUCUAUUGGGGUGUCGAACUCGACACUCGGAUAUUUGGUUUCUAACGCUUGGAGCAGUAGUGGUACCAACGCUUCAGCAAAAAUAAGUAAUGGUCUUAUUACUGAUUCUAAUCUGUCGGCCAUUGAUUUUCCUGGGAAUGAAGCCAAUACGAUAUCAUGGUCUCAGAGCUCAAACAUUCACCAAACGAUACAGAAACAAAGCAUGCAGAAUAUCCCCAAUGUGAUAGGAGCUAUGGGUUUCACAAAUGGAACAACCAACAGUACUUCUUUAAGUCGGACACCUGUUUGUUUGGGUAUUGGCUCAAUGACGACAACCAGUAUGGGUAUUACCAGUAAUAACAAUAAAAUUAAUGAGACAGGUCUUUCAAACUUAUAUAGUAUGUUUCCUAAGCGCCCUCAACACCGUAUGAUGGCACAUUGGCAACAGCAACAACAACAUCACCAGACUUCACAAAACCAAACACCAGUCGGUAAGAGUCUCAUGAAUAUUUCUAGUAAUAGUUUGCAAUUAAAUGGCAAUCGUGGUAUUACAUCAGGGACUAGUUCCGUUAUGUCUACAAUUCCCAACGGUUGUGGAGAUAAUGGUUUAAAUGGUACUUCUGGAGGUUUCAGUAGUAAUUCUAUCCUGCAGUCUCUGAAUAAUACUGUAUCUUCUUCAUCUACCAAUAGUCCUCUGGCAAUUUGUUCAUCUGGAGAUUCUUUUACGAGCACAGUACCGUUCAACACUGCAACCUCUGAAAGUUCACUUGAUAAUUUCAAAUAUGGACUAGAUCAACAACUAAUGGAAGUUAUCAAGUCUUUUGAAAUCAGCAGCAUUGGUAGCAACAUGAUGACAUCAAAUGCGAAUAAUGCGUCAGUAGGGGCAGUCGACGACUUGUCGCUCCCGUCUGGCUUCGGAGAGGUUGAGCAGCAAAUAUCUACACUGAAUUCUGUAAAUCAAGUACCUGUUUUGGGUGCCUCUUCGAUACACAACUCAGCACCUAUGAUAAAUGGAACAAGUAACCAUAGCUCCGGUUUUAAUAAUCUUUCUGGUUACAAUGGAAGUUCUAUGCUAAGUUCCGUCGGGAUGACGAAUCCGUACUCAAUGUUUGCCAACAUUUUUACACGUGAAGAAGGCUACUCGCGAAAAGUAUUUGUUGGAGGACUCCCACCUGAUAUAGAUGAAGAGGAGAUAACUACUGCUUUCCGCCGAUUCGGACCUUUAAUCGUUGACUGGCCUCAUAAAACUGAAAGUAAAGCAUAUUUUCCACCAAAAGGAUACUGUUUCCUGUUGUUUCAAGAUGAAAGAUCUGUUCAAAGUCUUAUUAGUGCUUGUAUUGUGGAUGAAGGAAAAUUUUAUUGGUGUGUAUCCUCGCCCACUAUGAAAGAUAAGCCUGUUCAAAUUCGACCAUGGAAUUUAGCAGACUCUGAUUUUGUGAUGGAUGGUUCACAACCAUUGGAUCCGCGUAAGACAAUAUUUGUUGGAGGUGUUCCACGGCCUCUUAGAGCUAUUGAACUUGCCUUAAUUAUGGAUCGUUUAUACGGUGGUGUCUGUUAUGCUGGUAUAGACACUGAUCCAGAAUUGAAAUAUCCUAAAGGUGCUGGUCGUGUAGCAUUCUCAAAUCAACAAAGUUAUAUUGCUGCAAUCAGUGCACGAUUUGUUCAAUUACAGCAUAAUGAAAUUGAUAAACGCGUUGAAGUUAAACCAUAUGUUUUGGAUAAUCAAAUGUGUGAUGAAUGCCAGGGUACUCGUUGUGGUGGCAAAUUUGCUCCAUUCUUUUGUGCCAAUGUAACUUGCCUUCAAUACUAUUGUGAACAAUGCUGGGUACAAAUACACAGUCGUUAUGGUCGUGAAUAUCAUAAACCUCUAGUCAAAGAAGGCGCUGAGCGUCCUCGUCCUGCACUUUAUCGGUGGUAGGCGGCGCUUAUAUCGCGCAUGCUGUAAUGGUCUCCUCCACCACAUAUAUAUAUUCAUUGGAUUUCUUGUUCUAAUCACUUUGCCAAUCGAUACUUUCCUUACUCUCUGUUUGUUGUUUUUUUUUUAAGUAUUUUUUUCUAGAUUUUUUUUGCCGGUUAAGGAAUAGAUUUUCUAUGUUUACCUGUCCUCAUCUCCAUUCAUAAGGUUUCUAUUUUCAAUGGAGACUGCAUAGUUGGGAUAUUAUGAUUAUGUCUGUUUGUAAGCCUAAGUCUCUGUUGUUUCCCUUUCCGCCCCCCACUCAUACCUAAGCCCUUAAGGUGUACAUCAGUCUGCUUUGUUGCCAUUUCCUAGUCUGUGAUUUAUCAUUUAUAUAAAUGCUGAUUAUUUAAAUCCAUAUAUAAUAUCACAUUUAUGUAUCCAUCAAAGUACACAUAUGGAAGAAAAUUAACACUGCACACCUUAUUUAAUAUCAAUACUAAUAUUACCACCACAACCACCAUUACUAUUACUAGUAAAACUACUAGCUACACAAAUCAAUUUAGUUUUCUCCUUUCUAAUAUUAUUUAUACUACUACUACUACUACUACUUACACUUUCUAUCAGUUUGUAAUUAGCUUGAAGUGCUUGUGUGUGUGUCUGUUCUUCCCUAUCCUUGUUUUCCCCUUUUUUUAUUAUCCCUUCUCCUCUCCUACCUACCAACUUUUGUUUAUUGAUUUCCUUUAAAAAUUACAAAACAAAACAAAACAAACAUGUAAAAGUCGUUGUUUGUUUUAACUGUGAUCAAAACGUGUUUUUAGUUACUUUCCUCUUUGUCUAUCUAUCUAUUUAUCUAUACACAUAUAUAUCAUCACAAUCAUUUGGUCUGCUUUUGGUUAGAGCACACUAUUGUUGUUAUUAUUAUUAUUGUACUAAUUUUACAAGUAUUUUUCUCUCAUUUAUUUGCUUCUAUCUGUUUACUUUUCCAAUUUCUUUUUUUAAAAAUUUCCCCUCUUUUUUCCCUCCAAACUUUUAUCAUUUCUGAUUCGAAUGCGUUUCCCUCUUCUUCUGUUGUUAGUCGUCAGCUGGAAAGUGUGUGGGUGUGGGUGCCAGUGCGUGUCUUAGGUCAUACCUGUGCUGUGUGUGUGUGCGUGUAGCACUGUCUUGAUCUCGGCGAGGAGGAGAGUUGAUUAUGACUAUUUUAGUAGUAGUAAUAGUAGUAGUGCUAGCAGUAUAUUAACAGUGAUAUUUAUACUUAUAUUGAUACCACUGUUAAUGCUUCUCUCUCUCACAUGUUGUGUGUUUUUUCCCUUUUUUUGGUUUCUUUUUUGUAUGCUUUAUCAAAGUGUGAAUUUUGGAUUAAUUUUUAUAAAAAAUAACACAAAAUCAAUCAAUCAAUCAUUUAUUUAUUUAUAUGCCUAUUUUGCAUAGUUCAUAUCUUUUUUGGUUUUGCUAAUAUUAUAAUUAAUCGAUAGUAGUGUACUGUGUUACCUGUAGUAUGUAUCUCUCUGGUGUAUUUCUUCUUUCUUUGAGUAGAAGACGAAGAAGAGGAAGGGUGUUAUCCGCCAGCCUAUGCCCCCAAGUACCAUCAUCAGCUUUUCAUAGCUUUUCAUACCAUACCAAAGAUAGAUAAAUAUCACAUCUAGUUUAUUCGAUCAUUUUAAUAUAGCAUAAAUACACACACAUAUGUAUGUGCGUGUGUGCGUCUUUUUAUAUAUAUACACACAUACAUAUAUACGUAUCUAUUUGUUAUAGUGUAGAGAAAUAUCAUUGUAAUAGUUUAGCCAAACAAGGUUCGAUGUCUCCCUUUUUGGUUCUUUUUCUAAACUAACUAAACAAAUGUUCAUGCAAUAGUACAUUCAGUCAUCAUAUUCCAUGUGUUGACAGUUUUAUUAUUAUAACAAAGAAAGCAGUGAACACAUACACACACACCCAAAAGAACUUUACACAGUAAUUAUUGAUCUGAUUGAUAUUCUCUCUUCCUCCACCUCCUCCUCCUCCCCCCCAUCUUCUCUCUCGUUACCAGUUCAUUUUCUGGUUUUGUUCCGCUUUUCGUAUAUCAUUAAAAAAAAUUAAAAAAAUAAAAAUUGAUAACAGUUUAGAAAGAAAAAUUAAUAUUUUUCGUCUAUUGAUGACGACAGUGAUGAUGAUUUGAUUGAUGGCACAGAGGCUUGUGGAAAAAAUACGAUCACCUCUCUCUCUUUCCUUUUUAUUACUGUUAUCAUUAUUAUUAUUUUUAUAAUGUUAUUUUGGUUUUGUCAAUACAUGUAUAUAUAUGUAUACAAACAUGCAUAUAUUCUCUCCAUCUUUUAUUAUUGUUAUUCUUUUUACCAACGUGCGUGCAUCACAUUGUUUUUCUCGUAAAAAUAAGACGAAAAAAAUGCUAAUAAAUAUAUAUUUUCUUAUGUUAUUGCUAAUUAUUAUUAUUAUUGAUAUUAUUACCAUUUCUACUAGUACUACUACUACUACUACUACUACUACUACUACUACUACUUCUACUACCAUAACUACUGUUACUAAACAUUCACUUUCUCCCUCAUACACACACUAUUUCUGACUUAUUCGUUCACAAUAAGUUACGUAAUACGUGUGUGUAUAUGCUGCAUUCACAACUCUUGUAGGCUAUCAUUCAUACACAAAUUAUUUUUGUUAUCUUUUCCCUUACUACUUACUUAUUAUGAAACACUUUUUCCCUCUCUCUCACUCUCUGUGUGGUUUCCGCUUAAUCUCGAUUCAUCAAUGACAUCAACACAUGUGGAUCAUAUGCACAUGCGUGCGUGCAUGCAUGCAUGUGUAUGCACAAUACACUUUUUUAUGAUACACAAAACAUGGUUCUUCUUUUUUCUCUCUCUAUCUCCCUCUUUCAUUUUGUACGUGAUUAUUUCAAAUUAAAAAAAAAAUGCAUUUCGAUUUCUUUUUUUUGUUUGAGGGCUAUUUUGUUUGUUUACAUUUUGUAAAAGAGAAUUAUCAUUAUUAUUAUUAUUUAUAUUAAUAAGGUUGAGAAGAGGAUUUAAUGUGUUACUGUUAUUGGUGUUGCUGUUGCUGUUGUUAUUUGUUGUUGUUUAUAUACAUACCAUCAACUUUCAUUCACAUUCACUUUUCUGUAUUCAAUUUUGGUUUCAUUGAAUAUAAAUUUAAAUCCGUAUACAUUUAUAUAUACUUAUUUCUUAUGUUAUAUAUAUGAAUAUAUUCUGCCUUUGUCAAUUCUUAGAUUCAUACUUUCCCUACUACUACUAGUAGUACUUCUACUUGAAUUGUUUCUAAAAGGAGAACUGUUAUAGUUUUGUUUUAUUGUUUUCUAUAAACAAUUGACAAUAUGACAAUUACAUAACAGGAUUCUUUUGUUUUUUUGAUUGUUACUUUACUGUAUGAGCGCUUUUUUAAAAUUUAUUUACUGUGUGAGUGUGUGUUUGUGUGUUUAUUAUUACGCUGGCUCGUGAUGGAUGUUUUACUUUUUAUUCUAUUUUGCCUAUAUGUAAGUUUGUCUGGAAUGUAAUAAUUAAUAAUAAUAAUAAUGAGAUAAUAUUCUGUGAUGAUUCGCUUCUCUUUCGUAUUUGUGUUUUUCCACGCACAAGUCAUGCACAAGUUAUUCAGGUUUUUUUUUGCUGCCUAUUUUGUUUGUGUGAAAGAUGGAUGGAUGGAUGGAUUGAUUGUUUGUGUUUCAUUGGUGAAAGAUGAGGAGAAAAAAAAUAAUAAGGUGUUGUUUAUUUAUUUAUUUAUAAUAAUUUUGGCUUUUUAAUCAUCAACUCUUUCUGUCCUCUGCUCAAGCGCAUACGCAACACACAGUUUGUUCUAAAAGAAUGAAGAAAAUAAUAAUAACAAUAAUAAUAAUAAAGGGAUUCAAAUGUAUGAAGCUACUUACUUUUAAUGAACAUUCUGUGUGUGUCUUUGUAUGUGUUUCUCGUGAUCUCGGUACCUUUUUUUUAUUUGAUGUAUUUUGUUCUAAUCGUCCUCUCUUCCCCUUUGUGUUUUUCUAAAUCAUUUUUAUUAAAAAAGAAAAAAAGAAAGGAAAAAAGAUGAACACUUCUCAUUCAGUAUAUAUAUCAAAACUACCUAAAGUCCAUAAACGGCUGUUUUUCUCUCUCUCUCUCUCUUUCUUCUAAAAUUGUAGCUUUUUAUUUAUUCUCUCUCUCUCCUAUAGUGCUUCCUAUUUCACCUCAAAAAAUGCAAACAAAUAAAGCAUCUGUUAAGCUGUAUGUUAUUAUUAUUAUUAUUAUCAUUAUUGUUUAUCACAGUGUUUUUAAAGGCUUAUUUACAUUUAACAGCAUAUAAAUAAAUAAUAAACAAAAACAUCAUUUAGGCUUGUAGAUUUUUCAUUGAUACUUUUGGUUUUCUACACUUUUCUAAUUGAUAUUAUUAUUACUACUGUUAAGAUAUACGCUCUGUUUCUACUUUCAGUUUUUAUUUUUGUUGUUGUGGUUGUUGUUUUUUUAAAAUUACUUUUCUUGAAUUCAAAUGGAAUAUUCGAUGGGAGGAGGGGAUGCUAGUAGUGUGUGUGUGUAUGUAUGUGUUAGUGGGAUUUUGACUAUCUCGUUACAGCUGAUUCCAGAUUGAUUGAUUGGUUGAUUAGUUGAUGACAACAAUCCUGUCAGUUGUAUCUUUGAUGAUUAUCAUUCUUCUUAUUAUUAUUGCUGAAGAUUUUGUUGCUUAUUCAAGCCUCUAUGGUUAUUUACAUUUCCUACCCGACCCACUCCCACCGCCAACUAUUUCCACAAUUAGAAUAAAACAGAGGGGGAAACAAAAGUGUUGUUGAUUGGAAACAAUUUGCUCUAUAUGUGAAUGGGUUGUUGUUAUUGUUGUUGAAUGCCAAAUAUUUUCCUAGUGUGUGUGAUUUACUCUACGCUUUUUGUUAUAAUAUUAUUAUAAAAUUAACAAUAUUGAUAUUAUCUUUUUUAAUGUAUGUAUUAAGUAACAUAACAUAACAUAGUCAGUUAUAGGUAAGCUGACUGUAGCACACUAAAAAAGGUGAUAAUAAUUGUACUUUAAAAAGCACUGAUGACACACAGGCGCGCGCGCACACACACACAUACAGCAAAACACCAAAAAAAAAGACAAAACAAAGAAAAGCGAAUCCUGAAUCACUUUUUUUUGAUAGUGGUUAUCUCAUUUUAUUUAUUUCACUCACCCACCCACCCGCCUGUCCACUUCUAGUUUUCCUCUAUUUGUUUCCUCUCCCUUAUGUGCACAUGCGCUAAGACGCUUAUGCGUGUUGUUAUUCAGUGUUGCAUACAUUUUCUUCACACACAUAUUUUGUAUCUUUGGUAGUGUUCUAUUUUCUUUUUUCCAGUCUACACUACAAGAUGUGUGUAUCAUUUUAUAAUCCUUUCAACAUGUGUGUUUAUUAUUUAGUUUAUCAACAUUUCGGUUGGAUUUUUCUUUCCUAUUAAUUAUUAUUAUUACUAUUGUUACUAUUACUUAUUUAUUCAUUUCUAUAGUUUGAAAAGAAAUUUUAAAAAAACGUUUUUUAAAAAAAAUCCUAUUUAUUAUAAAGUAUUCCUCUAUAUAUAACAGUCGUCUGAUGAGUAGUCUGCCUCAUUCUCAGUUGUUGUUGUUGUUGCUGCCGAUGUUCUUCUUCUCUUCUAUUUUUUACUCUUGUUUUCUUUUAUAGUUUCCGUUUUGUUUUUACAACAAACAGUUCAGUUAUGUGUGAUUGAUUCAAUAUACGAAUCUCUCUCUCUCUCUGUCCGUAGACGACGACGAGGACGACAAUGACAGCUGUUCACAUGUAUGUGUUUGUUACACCCCACAUAAAAAAGAAUGUGUCAGAUUAAUUGAUUGAUUGAUUGAUAUCCUUAGCAUUUGUGUUUUUUUUCUAAUGAUUUCCAUUUUAUAUUUAUUAUUACAAUAUACAUACAUACAUACCUGUGUUUAGGUUGCAGAAGACCAGUUGAAUAUAUAUAUUUAUUUAUAAAUUAUCUAAUAUUAAUUAAUAAAAAAUUAAUAAUUACAUUUAUCCUUAUUUUUUACUAAUGUAUUUUUUUGUUUGUUUGUUUGUGUUAUUCCCCUACCAAUCGCCCCGGCCACCUGCCCUCAGCCUAUCUACUACUCUACUUUACAGUUUAUCACCUUUUCUACUUUUGAUGAUAUUACAAAGUGUGUUUUUCUAUCUAUAAUCCACACUUUAUUUAUUUAUUUAUUGGUUUAUUUAUAUUAAUAUUAUUUAUUGAUCGAUUGAAUCAGUCUAUCAAGUUUCUCGUUUUCUCAAAUGUGCAAUAGCCACUUUUUUUGCGUUUGGUUAUUUUUUUGUGUUUGUUUGGUUUAUUACGUAACAUAUUUUAUUUUUAGCUGUCACUGCCUAUUUAUCAAUAUUACUAUUAUUAUUACUAUCAAUACUAUCGCAUGUGAAGUUUUUUUGGUUUUUCUACGGACUUUUCAUCUGGUUUAGCCACACACACACACACACACACACACACACACAGUCACCAAUACUCAGCUAUUUUUAUAUCGGUUGAUUUACUAUAAACACAUAUACACAUAUACGUAUGCAUAUAUUAUAACUUACAUAUUUUUGUGUACUACUACUAAUGUGAGUAAUACUAAUAAUAGUAUUUAUAUUACCAUUACUAUUAUUAUUACCAUUAUAAUACACACUGUCUCCCGUUUAAAGUUUCUAGGUUGUAUUCAUAACUCUUUUAAAAUUUUACCUCCUAUUCACUUCCUUCCUUCUUUCCUCCAAAUUUCUUUCUGCCUUUAGUUUUGAAUUUUACACCCGUCUUCGAUUGUUUGUUUAUUUAUUGUGUUGUAUCUACUAUUCGUGUGUUGAUGUUGUUCUAGCUGCUGUCGUCGUUGUUGGCAAUCUUCAAAUAUUCUUGUUCUGUUUUUCCUCGAUAUAAGAAAGUCUGUCCUUCUAGAUCUUUCCUUGCUUCGUUGGCGUAAUGUCUGCCCACUACUGCUACUACUACUACUAUACUAAUAUUACUCUAGUGGUGCUUGUUGUAGUACCUAUCAUACAUUACAUAUAUUGAUAGUAACUCUGACUUAUUUAUUGUUAUUAUUCACCCGGUUGAAUGGGUUUUCUUCUAAUCUAUCUAUCUAUUCCCAGACAACAGUGUUAUACGUGAAAACAGCAUCUAAUGUGUUUCGUUUUGGUUUUUUGUUAUUUUUCAAAAAUUCAUUCUCAUUAUUAUUAUUAUUCUAUCGAUUUUCUUUUUAUAGUUUGAUGAUUGUUUAUUUUUCUUUUCAAUUUGAUAAAUUUUUUCUUUUGUUGUUGCUGGUGUGUAAAGCUUUGCCAACACGCGCUCACAUUUAAACUUGUAUUCAUCUUUGGCUCUUUUUUCCUUUCCUCCCAUCCUUCCUUCCUUCGUUUUUUUAAAAAUGUUAUCCUAGUUCUCACUAUUUCAUUAUUAUUAUCACUAUUAUUACUAUUGUCAAGUAUUGAAGUGGACUUUUAAAUAAUAAUAUUAAUAAUAAAGAAAAAAAUAUAUUUGGUAAAAUUAUUUUUAUUUUUUAUUAUAUUAUACAAGUAGAUUGUUGUAUUAAUAUUUAAUAUGGUGAGAUGUGUUAUUCUCUUGCCAUAAUUCAA